AAUAUAGAAGUGAAUGUGAUCAUAUUUCAAUUGUUCGGAGAACAGAAUCAUAGACAAGGGUUCAUAGUGGAAAAGGGUAUCUGCAGAAAUGGAGGGUUCAUGUCUCUCGGCAUCAGAACUCAAUUCCCAAUCUGUCCAAUUCUUUUACACCCUUUUUGCUUACCAUUUUUAUCGAGUUUUUGAAGAUGGAGAUAGGGUUCUAAUGAAGAAAACGUAUUGUAUAUUCUGGUCAUCGUUAUUCGGUUUGCUCUAAAGGGUCAUGCCUCUAGUAUACUGCGAAUGCUGUUACGUAUAAGAUGAGAUGGACGUUAAUGGCUCGGUUAACGUUCACACGGGAAGCUGCAGAAAACCAGACAGGCUAAAUAUGGAAACCGGCUUGUUCGGGGAAAUGGGUUGCGGCGUUUCACGGCCGGAGACUGAAGAGGAGGGAGGAGAAUUCAAGAUGGUCAUCACUCACAGAUCGAUCCAUAGCCGAGUUGUGGCUGAUAGCUUCACGUUGAACAGACAGUUUCUCGGUGGCGAUCCUUCGCCCGAGAAAGAAUCCAAACCCAACGGUUCUGACCGCACAGAGAACGCGAAAAAGGACGGCGCUGAGAUGGAAAGUGAUAGAGGGUCGAGCGGUACGGACGUCGGAAAAGACGACUGCGUGCCCGAAAACAGCAUAUUGUUGUGUCCCCGAUCUCCGAGUUUCCGCAUUUACUGCGACAUCCUCCUUGAUCACGAUGAUCACGUCGACAAAUCCGAUGACAGCUGUGAUCGUCCCGUGAGUCAGAAGCCGCUGAACAAAUGCCAAUCCAACGUUAAGAAGGAGAAAGUGAGAAGACGAGAAACAAGAAGAACAAGAAUAGGAAGAAGGAUUAAGAAUGUGAGGAAGCUUCUGAACAAGUAAAACCCCGACACGAAGAAGAAGAUGAUGAUGAUUUUACAUGAUUCUAUAUGCUAUUGUACAUAUAAAAAAAGUAGAGCGUGAGUAUAUACAUUUAUAUAUAUAUAUAUAUAUGUAUAUGUAUGUGCGUAUGUAUUAGCAGACAAAAGUAGUUUGGGUGUCUCCGCGACAAGAAAACAUACAUACCGUAUAGUUAGUUAGACGUACGAUAAUUUUGCCAUCGUCGAAAAAAUAUA